AUGAAAUUUCUAUCUAGUAUUUAUCUAUCGAUAUUUAUUCAUCAAUUACGAACAAUACUCAUUGUUGUUGCAAAAGAAACAUGUACAAUGGCAAAAUUUGUUUGCUAUCAAUGUGAUUCACGUGUUGAUGAUUAUUGUGGUGAUCCAUUUAAAAUUCAUCGAGCUAAUCGUACAGUUGAAUGUUCUGAUUAUUGUGUGAAAUUUUUUCAUUUUGAUGGUACAUCAACAAAUGAUACAUUUGUACGACGUGGUUGUUUAACUGAUUAUUUUCUAUAUCGUUUAUCUAAAAUCGAUGUUUGUUAUCGACAUACAACUGGUUCAAAUUUUACAAUAGGACGUUUUUGUAUGUGUGCAAAAGAAAUGUGUAAUCAAGCUUCAUCUAACAAAACAUUAUCAUUAGAUUUUAUUUUUCUCAUUACUUUUCAAUUACUAAUAUUAAUUGAACUUAAGACGAUAUUUUCGUAG